UCCCCUUUAGCUUGGUGCUUCUAUAUAUUAUUCCUCGUCUUGAAGCUUUCUUUCAACACCUUCACCAGCUAGUCUACCAAUGGGGAACCUUCCUUCCUCCUCAACAUCCGCAGGUCCCGAAGUUGUCUCCCCCAUCGAUACCUCCUUCAAGCUUCCCUCUCCACUGCCAACAUGGCCACCAGGUGAAGGGUUUGGACAUGGAACCAUUGAUCUUGGUGGCUUACGAGUGUGCCAGAUUUCAUCGUUCAACAAAAUUUGGGCCGUCCAUGAAGGAGGACCAGAUAACCUUGGCGCUUCUUUCUUUGAACCUUCGCAAAUCCCACAAGGGUUCUUUAUGUUGGGUUGCUAUAGCCAACCCAACAACAGGCCGCUUUAUGGUUGGGUUCUUGCAGGGACAGAUGAGGUAGGGGGAGCCUUAAAGACGCCACUUGAUUACACGCUUCUCUGGAGCAGUGAGUCUCUGAAAAUAAAGCAAGAUGGCAUUGGCUACAUCUGGUUACCCAUGGCUCCUGAUGGUUACACAGCCGUAGGCGUUGUCGUCACCAAUUCCCCCGAAAAGCCCUCCCUAGAAAAAAUCAGCUGCGUUCGAUCAGACCUCACCGACCAAUGCGAGAUCGACACUUGGAUCUGGGGACCAGGCAAGGAAAGCGAUCCAAAUGGAUUCAAUGCGUUCAGUUUGAGGCCCAACGAAAGGGGACCGCAGGCUAUGGGUGUUUGUGUCGGAACAUUUGUGGCCCGAAAUGGCAAUGCUACCCCUGUUUCUAUAGCUUGCUUGAAGAAUGUGACCUCCAAUUCAUCUUGUAUGCCUAAUUUAAACCAAACUCAGGCAAUUUUUGAGGCAUAUUCUCCCCGGAUAUACUUUCAUCCAGACGAGAAGUACCUUACGUCCUCAGUAAGUUGGUUCUUUAACAAUGGAGCGCUGUUAUAUAAGAAGGGGCAAGAGUCCAACCCUGUUCCAAUUGAAGCAACGGGGUCGAACCUUCCUCAAGGAGGUCUAAAUGAUGGUGAAUACUGGCUGGACCUUCCUGUGGAUGAAAAAGCUAAAGAGAGAGUCAAGAAAGGAGAUUUACAAGAAACUGAGACAUACUUGCACAUCAAACCAGUUUUUGGAGCAACCUUCACGGACAUAGUUGUGUGGGUGUUUUUUCCUUUCAAUGGACCUUCCAAGGCUAAAGUUGAGCUCAUCGACGUUCCAUUAGGAAGGAUAGGAGAACAUGUUGGUGACUGGGAGCAUUUGACAUUGAGAAUCAGCAACUUCAAUGGGGAACUAUGGAGCAUUUACUUCUCCCAGCAUAGUGGAGGUUCUUGGUUCUAUGCCUCAGAGCUUGAGUUUGAAAAUGGAAACAAAGCAGUGGGAUACUCAUCGUUGCGCGGUCAUGCCAUGUAUUCCAAACCAGGUUUAGUCUUACAAGGGAGUAAUAGGGUAGGAAUCAGGAACGAUACUGCUAAAAGUAAAAUGGUCUUGGAUACUGGAGCAAGAUUCUCUGUAGUUGCAGCUGAGUACUUGGACACAAGUGUCAUCGAACCUCCAUGGCUCAAUUACUUGAGGAAAUGGGGUCCAAAAAUUAGUUAUGAUAUAGCGGCUGAGAUCAACAAAGUGGAGAAAAUAUUGCCUGGAAAACUCAAAUCUGCUUUUCAAAAGUCUAUCAAGAGCCUGCCAAAUGAAGUUCUCGGACAAGAAGGACCAACAGGCCCCAAACUCAAAAGGAACUGGACAGGAGAUGAAGUAUAAGAUAUUAUAAUUUCUAAGCGAUGCUUGGGAAAUUCAUCUAUAUAUAACUUUUUAAUAUAAACACCUUAGAACAAAUAAUAAUUUUUUACAUUUAGUAUAUAU